UCUGAUACGAGCUCCAGAUGAGAUUUGAGUGUGAAACAACGUGCGGAGGAGCAGUUUUUGGGGAGGAGACCUCAGCGCUGUGGUCCUGCCCCCCCCCACUGCCACACUAUAAGACUGAAGUUCUCCUGGAGCCGGUCCACUCAGACAGGAUGCACUCGUCUCGCGGUCUCUCGGCUACGCCACACACACUCAAGGUGUUGUGCGUCCGGCUGUGUGUGUUCUACACAACCAUGUGUCUGGCAGGCUGGCCCCGGUCCUCGGAGGCAGCCAGACUCCGCUGUGGGACCGAUCUCCUCAGUGAUCUCAUAUUCGUGUGCGGGGAUCGUGGAAUCUAUUUAGGUAAAGGUUCGUGGUCUGGUUACGGUUCUCGGCCCAGAGGGAAAGGGAUAGUGGACCAGUGCUGUCGGCCGUCUGGUUGUGAACUUCAGCAUCUGGAGAUGUACUGCGCCAAACCAAAGAGCCAGCAGCAAACCACAGCUUACCCAACAACCACCACCACCACCACCACCGCACCUCAGACCACAGCACAGCUAGACACGGCUCAGCGGUUCCAAGCGGUGUUCCAGAAGAGACUCUCCGAGCACCUGGGGGCCCCCGACAGUCCCAAAAGGGACGCUUACCGAAAGAAGACUCAGCCUUCGCUCCGACGGAAAGGCAAAGGUUCCCCGUCACGCAAGAGGAUUAAAACCCAGAACCCGACCAGCGUGCCCCCGUUGACCCCCGGGAGUUCCCCUCAGACAGGGACGACUUCUAAAUCGUGACCUUUGUCUUCAUAAAAAAAACAAAAAAAACCCUGAGACUGAUGCUGAGACUGUGAACUUUGGGUUCUCUACUAAGCAGGGAUCCCGAACAGAUCUGGAG